CAUAUUUAUACUACUAUAAUCACACUAAAUUAGAAUAUGACUACAUUAGUAUCACUUGUGGGUCGAACUUUACCUAGAACUACUCGUUGGAUCCAUACUACUUCUUAUGUUUUGACUGCUAAACCUACUACGGAACCCCCAUCUACUACUACUUCUACUACUACGACUACUACUGCGACAACAACAGAUGAUUUAACCACAAAAAACAAGCAUUUAUCUUCCAAACCUUCUACACUCACAAAAGGUCGAAAACAAACUCGAAAAACAAAAAGACAAUUACCUUUGAUACCAGAUUCUUUCUUACUCAAUAACUACAUUGCUCAUACUACUAUUCCUUUGGAACCUAUUGAUCCAAUAUAUCAUUUUCCUGAACAUUUAUGGCAAGAACUAAGGCUCAGUUUACUUGCUGGUUUAGCUCCAAAAGGUACUUUAGCUUCCUUUGAUCAUUCUGAUCAUAUCAUUCUCAACGUUCCCAAACAAGGUGCAACUUACUUACAAGAUAAUCUGGCACGACAACUAGCAAACGUUACAAACUCUGAUCUCGUUAUAUUUGAUCCUCAAGAUUUACUCUCUUUGGCUCAAGAAAACUCGGGCAAUGUGAUGACUUUACUUCCAACUCUUUCUAAAGGGAACUCUGACAUAUCAACCAUUUUGGCUAUUCAACCUGACGUUAUGAAUUCAUCUGCUUCGAUAAAAGAACAAUACGAUAUAGAUCAGGAAUCAGCAUCGGGUACUUCAAACAACAUUAAUAAUAACCAAAAUCAAAAUGAAACGGAUGUAUGGACUAUGGAUAUUGAUGACACUACAUCUAUUACAUCUAUAUCUCAACUACUCAAGAACAAAGAUAAAUUGGUGUCAAAAGCAAUGAAUGGUAUUGUAGGACGAUAUAGUACAAUGUUCAAGAAUAUUCUUCAAAUUCAAAAGACGAAAUCAACAAACUCAACACCACUGGCUGGCAACAGAAAAAUUAUUUAUUUACGGGAUUAUGGUGAAAUGCAUGAUGUGUUUGGAUCCCUGAUGCUUAAGUCUUUGAUGAUGGCUGUAGAAGAUUUACGGCGAACAGGUCAACAAUUAGUUGUAUUUGGCGGUCAUUCUCCUUCUCUACAGCAACAAUCUCAACAACAACAUUCAUCAUCACAUUCUGAAACAAUGACUACAAUGUCGCAUGAUAUGGAUGAUAUGGCAAAUGGUGAUCAUAGCGAUGGAGCAAUCGGCAGUUACAAAUACUCGUUACAAUCUGACAGCAUACCUUUACUCAAUGGAAUGAAAUGUAUCCAUGUUAUGCCUCCCAUUUCUCCAGAAAACAUUGUUAUAGAUGAAUGGGAAGCUCAAUUAGCAAAAGAUGCAGCACAACGAAUAGGCGAACUGAAUGCUAGACAGUUAUUGGUAGUACAUCAACAUAAAAGGGUACUUGGUAUUAAAUCUUGUCAUCAAGAUGCUAGUCACCAAAAAUACAACAAUAUGGUACAACAAUUAUGUGAACAAGUGAAAAAUAUCAAGGAUGAACUCUGGACAGCUGAUCAAGUCGACCGACGGGUAACUGUGGCACUAGGUCAUGCAUUACAAGCAAAUAAGGAUUAUGUGGAUAUACAUGAUUUUGUCAAGGCAAAUGAUAUUAUUGGUAAAGGAACAUCGAUCUAUCGUCAGGCUACACAAUUAUUGGAAUCACAUCGUACAUUGGCUCUUGGCAAAGAUGGUAUGGUGGAUAUUGAAUCGUUGAGACGAGGUUGCAAUACUCAUGAAAGUUGUUUGAUUAGUCGAAUUGUGGAUCCUGGCAAAGUUCAAAGUACAUUCAAAGAUGUCCAAGCACCACAAACAACAAUUGAAACUUUACAAACAUUGAUCUCUUUACCAUUACAACGACCUGAUCUAUUUCAAUAUGGAAUUUUAAAGAAAAACUUCAUUUCUGGUGUACUUUUAUUUGGACCACCUGGUACUGGCAAGACAAUGUUGGCUAAAGCUGUGGCGAAGGAAAGUGGUAGUAGGAUGCUUGAAAUUCAGGCUAGUGAUGUUUAUGAAAUGUAUGUGGGUGAAGGGGAAAAGAACGUCAAGGCCAUUUUCUCUCUUGCUAGAAAAUUAUCUCCAUGUGUGAUUUUCAUAGAUGAAGUGGAUAGUUUAAUGAACCGACGACAAUCUGAAGCAACAUCAAAUGCACAUCGUGAAAUCAUCAAUCAAUUUAUGGUGGAAUGGGAUGGAUUAUCAAGCGACAAUCAAGGUGUAAUGGUAAUGGCAGCUACAAAUAGACCUUUUGAUUUGGAUGAUGCAGUAUUAAGACGUAUGCCUAGACGUGUCCUUGUGGAUUUACCAAAGAAAGAAGACCGAACAGAAAUCUUAAAGAAAUUAUUGAAAGAUGAAGAUUAUAAUAUCUCGGUAGAAAAAUUAGCACAAGCAACUCCACAUUAUUCUGGAUCUGACUUGAAAAAUUUAUGUGUUACGGCUGCAUUGAAAAGUAUACAACAAGGCAACAAAGAUCAAAAACGAAGAUUAGAACAAAUUCAUUUUGAUGAAGCUUUAAAAAUGGUACCUGCUAGUUCUAGUGAAGAUAUGGAUUCUCUGGUUGAAAUACGAAAAUGGGCACUCAAAUAUGGUGAUGGAUAUCAAAAGAAACCCAAAUCAUCUUUUGGAUUUUGAAUGGGUCAUAUGGAAUUCUCACACACCACAUUAGAUACAUAGAAUAAUAGUUGUACAAAGAUCUUUUCAGGGUCGGGCUUUCUCGUCC